AUGGACGAGCAGCCAGACGAUGAUGCAUACACGGAGACCACCACCAAGGACGCCACGAACCACCUACAAAUGUUCAUAUUCGGAUCGUCCCCGCCGGCUUCUACGGCGGAUGCAGCGACAACCGAAUUGGACGACUCAAAGGAUGACCCCAAUGACGAGGUGUGGCACGAGGCCAGCGAAGGGAGCGAGGAUGAGCAAGAUCAUCAAUGA